AUGACAGGCAAACGUCGUAAACAGAAUGAUGAUGUUGAAUAUUGGAAUAAUAUUCAAUAUGAAUGUGAAAAUGAUAUUUAUUCAAAUAUAAAACAUUUUACUAAAUGUGGUAAACCACGAUAUUUAGCAAAUCAACGUGAAAGAGAUCGUACACAUUCUGUAAAUUCAGCAUUCGUUGAACUUCGUAAACUUAUUCGAACUGAACCGAUUGAUCGUAAAUUAUCUAAAAUUGAAAUACUUCGUUUAGCUGUUAUUUAUAUAAAUCAUUUACAUUGUGUUUUAACAAUGCCCAAUGUACAUCAACAUCAAUGUUCAGUAAAACAAGCUACAUUACAUGCUGGACAACAACAAAUAAAUAAUAUUGAUCAUGAACAAUUAUGUGUAUUUUGUCUCAGUGAUGCUAAUAUCAAUUCAUCACGUUAUAAAUAA